UGUGCUCGAAUACCCAUACUAACAAACGGUAUACUACAUACUUAAUGAGUAUUAGUUCAUUUUGGUAUACUGUAAAUGAACGGUAUCCUUUCAAUUGAGCAUACUAGCUUCUAGCUUCGCCUGUCUACCGGAAGUUGAUGCUGUUGCUAUGCAACCUCUUGCUAGCUUGUUAGCGUAACAAAUUACUAGCAAGACAUUUUAUGACUGGGUGUGUUAGAAAAAUUGAAUUUACGAAGCACCGAGUGUCCAUUGAGAACGCACGAUGGCUACACCACUUAGCGAAGAAUGACGGGAAUAAUCAAGUCAAACAUUGGGUAGUUAAUUAGAUAGCAUAUAGUUAAUAUACUGGCAAGUUUGAUGUAUUAGUAGUCAACUAAUGUUAGGUAGCUAGCUAACAUACCGGUACAUACUGCUGUAAUGAUAUGCUAGGAUGGUUCGCAAGGAUAGCAUAGCUAACAAAUUGUCAGCCAACAUAUAUAUGCCAUUUAGCAGACGCUUUUAUCCAAAGCGACUUACAGUCAUGUGUGCAUACAUUCUACGUAUGGGUGGUCCUGGGAAUCGAACCCACUACCCUGGCAUUACAAGCGCCAUGCUCUACCAACUGAGCUACAUAAGGACCAUAACAUGUAAGGUAACUUAUUUGAAAAGUCAUUAAUUUAUUACAUUGCUCAACAUUUUCUUAACAUUUUAUCAUAAUUAAUUAAUACAAUUGAAUUCCUCUCUCGUUAGACUUCGGCUGCAUAUUUUUCCACAUUUUCUUCAAAUCUGAAAACAAUGUGAAGCCACGCCUUUUCUGAAGAAUUGUAUUAUGGGCCCUAAAAGCACAGAAAUAGUGUCCACUGCUUGUGUACUUCAUAUUUUGGAGAAUGAAUUAUGACAUCUGGGAACUUUUGGCAUACUAACUAUAUCCAUUCUAUGACCAAUAAGCAUACUAUGUACUCAAAUUACGUCAGACAUAGCACGGUUAGUGCAGUUAGUAUGAAUAUUCGAACACAACUGAGAUGUCAUAAUACCCAUAAAACCUAGCUGUCAAACGGAAAUGGUUCCAAUUGUUUUCCACCAUUCAUGUUUCCGACAUGGUAUUUUAGAAACACUUAAAAUAAGGGCUGUGUCGAGUGUUAGGCUUCCCCUAAAUGUGAUGUUUUAAUAACUGUGUAAAUCUCUCUCGGACAAGGUGACUUUUAUUUACUCUCAGAUUCAAAAAUGCUAAUUAGCAUCAAAGUAGACAUCAUGCAAAACUACAAAUCCCUGCAAGCUCCUGCACGUCAUCUCUAGCUGGCACCUUUGCUAACAGCUGUGAGCCCACAUUGUGGCCGGCGGGCAUGGUUUUGGAGGGUAGCUCGGAGGCCCUGUGUCCCCCGCCCUCACUGGAGCUGCGCCCGUCCUGCAACAAGAGCCAGCCCUCGCCUCCCCUGGGCUCAUGCUCCACGCCCCACGACGGACUCUUCCCCGGGGACAAGGAGCCCGUCAAAUACGGGGAGCUCAUCGUCUUAGGGCACAAUGGUUCCUUGGCCAAUGGGGACAAGGGGCGAAGGAGAAGUCGCCUGGCCCUCUACAAGAGACCCAAAGCCAACGGGGUCAAACCUGAUGUUAUCCACAAUGUCUCCACCCCUCUGGUGUCAAAGGCCCUCAGCAACAAAAGCCAGCACAGCAUCUCUUACACCCUGUCCAGGAGUCACUCGGUCAUUGUAGAGUACACUCAUGACACCAACACAGACAUGUUUCAGAUCGGGCGAUCUACAGAGAGCAUGAUUGACUUUGUGGUGACGGACACAGCGGGCAGCAGCACCAGUGGUGGUGGCGGUGGGUGGCAGGUCCAGGGGGCGGCAGGCGAGGGGGUCGGAGGAGGAGGAGGGGGGCAGUCGGCCCAGAGCACAAUCUCCCGCUACGCGUGCCGCAUAAUGUGCGAGCGCAACGCCCCUUACACGGCCCGCAUCUACGCCGCCGGCUUCGACUCCUCCAAAAACAUCUUCCUGGGGGAGCGGGCUGCCAAAUGGCGAACGUCAGACGGCUUGAUGGACGGACUGACCACCAAUGGCGUGCUGGUGAUGCACCCGGCGGGAGACUUUGUGUCGGAGCCGGCGCCAGGCGUGUGGCGGGAGAUCUCGGUGUGCGGGAACGUCUUCGCCCUGCGGGAGACGCGCUCGGCCCAGCAGAGGGGAAAAUUGGUGGAGAACGAGUCCAACACCCUGCAGGACGGCUCUUUGAUUGACCUGUGCGGUGCCACCCUCCUGUGGCGUACCCCGACAGGCCUGCGCCGCACCCCCACCCUCAAGCAGCUGGAGUCCCUCCGCCAGGAGCUGAAUGCCGCCCGGCCCCAGUGCCCCGUGGGUUUUAACACCCUGGCCUUCCCCAGCCUGGCCCGGCGAGAGAUUGUUGACAAGAAGCAGCCCUGGGUCUAUGUCAACUGUGGUCACGUGCACGGCUACCACAACUGGGGCUACCGGAAAGACAAGGGCCACAACGUGGGCCCGGGGGGGACGGCUCCGGCGAGUACCGGGGAGAGGGAGUGCCCCAUGUGCCGGCGCGUGGGCCCCUACGUGCCCCUGUGGCUUGGCUGCGAGGGCGGGCUGUACCUGGACGCUGGGCCACCGACGCACGCCUUCUGCCCCUGCGGCCACGUGUGCUCUGAAAAAACUGUGGCGGGCUGGAGCCAAAUCCCGCUGCCACACGGAACACACGCCUUCCAUGCCGCAUGCCCCUUCUGCGGCACCUGGCUGACGGGCGAGCAGGGGCACAUCAAACUCAUCUUUCAGGGGCCCGUCGACUGAGGCGGGAGCUGAGUGGCUGAGAUAGGGGGCAGGCUAGAGGGAAGGUGGACUGGGGAAAUGUCUAAAAGGACUGUCUGUAAGGAAACGUGAAGGGACAAAAAUAGCCAAGACUGUCGAAAUGACGAUGGCCUGAACGGAAGAAGAGGCAAACGUGAUGGAAGUAGAUGAUGCAUAAAUGGCAUUUGAGUUGUAUUUUGGGGGGAAGAUGUAAAUAAAAGGUGUUGAAAUGAA